AGAAUAACAAACAAAAAGGGGAAUGUAUGAUGACUUUUCAUUUGAUGAGUCUGAUAUUUAAUAAUGAAAGCCUCGCUGGAGUCUGCAUUAGUACCCAAAUCAUGGCUGACUUGUGCUGUCAGAGUCUACAAAAUAUGUAAAUGUAUUAUUCAUGCUCUGUGCUUACAGCAGAUCAGGUCUCUCAUAAAACUGUGUAAACCAGGGGUCUCAAACUGGUCAUGGAAAAGUUGUAUAACCCUUUUUCAUAGUCGACAUUUUAACUUGUCAAACACAGGUGUGACUGAUGACACUGAUUGCUGCACUGCUGGAAAAGAGUCAUCGUUACUGUCAUUACUUACACCUGUGUGUCAAAAGUUCCGCUGUGAAAAGGGUUUGUGAAUCAAAUUAAUUUAGGAAUGAUAAAGAAAAAAACAGUGCUCUGACACUGACAAAGCUAUCAAAUCUCAGCUCAUUAAUAUUUAUUCGGAAAGCAAAAAAGACCUGUCAGUUUAAAGAUGGACCCAGACUUUAGAGAGGGAAGAAAAGAAACGCAUCUGCCAGACACGAGAUAUGAAGAAAGCUCUUCCUCUCGAGUUCACAGCUGCGGUCUUGUGAAGUGAAUAUUUGAAACUACAGUAACUCACAGGUGAAGAGCAGAGCGUCAGUCCACUCUCCUCUCUUCUCCUCUCUCGUCCACCGCUGCUGCUGCUGCUGCUGCUGCUGCUGCUGCCAGACAGACAUAAAAAAAAAAACUAGAGCGGAGGAAAAGCUCACGACUCGCCACCGACCAGACUAACCAACCGUCUGACUCCCAUACACGUUUACAGAUUCCUGAGUAAAGAAAAACCCCUCCUGAUCUGACCUGAAAAUCUACUGAGUGACUGAAGGGGGACGUGCGUGCAGCGAAGCUACAGAAGAACUCUCAAUAAAUGAGCUCAAGUGUCAGAAGGAUUUCUUUCUCUUUUCGGUCUCCGGGUUUCCUCUUGUUGACGUGCAGGAAUGAUGCGUGCUUCACCGGACUUAUAAUCGACCAGCGGAAUCGCGCAGGCUGAUGAAACACUUUGACAAUCCUUCUUUUUCUUUGCUUUCCUGCAACCCAGAGAGAAACCUGCAAAACAUCACUGUAGCGCAGUGGUGAUGGACCUUCGUUUUGACAUCUUGGUGAUGCGUGCCUUUGAAGAGUCAUCCUGCUUUUGCACGCCUGCCUAUGUGAAAUGCGCUACUUUUGCUCGUGAUUCCCUCUCGUCUGACUUUUUAAAAGAGCGAAAGAUGCUCGAAAUGUUUUUCCAUCCGCGUGCAUGAGAGAUGGCGACCAAACCGCACCAAGUCCAACAGUGGUUUUCUGCACGUUUGCACCUGUUCGGGUGGAUAAUGACAGUUUAUGCCACAGGUGAAUAAACAUUGGCUCAGUUUCCCUCAACAAAGAGUGUUUUUGAAUCUGCUUUCGAGCUUGUUGCACAGUGACAAUGGAUCUCAAAGUCGAGACCGAAGAAAUGGACUCGAAUCAACCUCCACCCAUAGAAGUUUUUGCGCACAGCUCGACCCUGCACGGAAUCUCCCACAUCUUCACGUACGAACGGUUCUGCAUCAAACGCUGCUUGUGGGUCGUGUUUUUCCUGGGCUCCUUGACCUUCUUGUUGUACGUGUGCGUGGACCGGAUCCACUUCUACCUCGAGUACCCGCACGUCACCAAAUUGGACGAGGUCACGACCCCGGUCAUGACGUUCCCCGCGGUCACUUUUUGCAACCUGAACGCGUUUCGGUUCAGUCGUGUGACGCGCAACGACCUGUACCACGCAGGGGAGCUGCUGGCCCUGCUCAACCAGAGGUAUGAGAUCAGGGACAUUCACCUGGUGGAAGAGAGCGUCCUGGAGAGCCUGAAAGUCAAAGCUGACUUCCACAAUUUCAAGCCGCGACCCUUCAACAUGCGGGAGUUUUACGACCGCACCGGUCACGACAUCAACGACAUGCUGCUCUCCUGCCACUUCCAUGGCACCGAGUGCAGAGCAGAAGACUUCAAAGUGGUCUUCACUCGGUAUGGGAAGUGUUACACCUUUAAUGCAGGCGGUGAAGGACGCACUCCCCUCAUCACCACCAAGGGAGGCAUGGGUAAUGGACUUGAGCUUAUGCUGGACAUUCAGCAGGAUGAGUACCUGCCAGUGUGGGGAGAAACAGAUGAGACAUCAUUUGAAGCUGGGGUCAAAGUUCAGAUCCACAGUCAGGACGAGCCGUCCUUCAUUGACCAGCUUGGGUUUGGAGUGGCACCCGGGUUCCAGACAUUUGUUUCCUGCCAAGAACAAAGGCUGAUAUAUCUUCCUCCACCCUGGGGAGACUGUAAGGUGACGCCCAUGGAUUCAGACUUCUUUGACAGUUACAGCAUCACCGCCUGUCGCAUUGACUGUGAAACACGGUACCUGGUGGACAACUGCAACUGCCGCAUGGUGCACAUGCCUGGCGAUGCACCGUACUGCACCCCCGAGCUGUACAAAGAAUGUGCUGACCCAGCUCUCGAUUUCCUGGUGGAGAGAGACAAUGAUUUCUGUGUUUGUGAGACACCGUGCAACAUGACCAGAUACAGCAAAGAGCUGUCCUUUGUCAAGAUCCCCAGCAAGGCCUCUGCUAAAUAUCUUGCAAAGAAAUACAACAAAUCUGAGCAGUACAUUAAGGAGAACAUCCUGGUUUUAGACAUCUUCUUUGAGGCGCUCAACUAUGAGACUAUUGAACAGAAGAAGGCUUAUGAAGUGGCUGGACUUUUAGGUGAUAUCGGUGGUCAGAUGGGACUUUUUAUUGGGGCAAGCAUACUCACUAUUCUGGAGUUAUUUGACUACCUUUAUGAGGUGAUAAAGUACAAGCUGUGUCGCUGCUCCGAUAAGAAGCACAACAACAAUAACGACCAGGGAACGGUCCUGAGCUUAGAUGAUGUCAAGUGCCACGUCAGUAACUUUCACUAGGCUUCUGAAGCCGUGAGGAGGAGGCACUCCCUUGUCUCUGAACGGUUUCAUGAACUUUGUUCACUGCAGUUUGCUGGUGCAGACAUCUUGAGCAACGGGGGAAGUGUCUGAACUGUGCCUGGUGAAGGUUUGUGAGCAAUGAGGUGAAUAUAAUCAUGUGGCUUAAGUAGGGGAGACAGCCACACAGACAGCAGGACAGCAGAAACCAGUGAUCAACAUGUUGUGAUGAAUUCAAAAACGUUAGAAUAACUGCAUGGUCAUCUGUAAACAGCUUUUAAAGACAUAGUAACAGAUACAGUAAAUGGGGGCAUGAACUAAACAAAGGUUCAUAUGUGUUCAGUUAAACAGCAUUAGAAAUCCCAGCUGUGCAGUGGUGUUUUGUCAUCUGUCAAUUUGAAGGAGUUUUUUGUAAAAUAAUUGAUGUGAUGGAUUUGUUUUCACUCUCAAAAUGUCAAAUAUCAGCACUGUAUAUUUUUUUCACUAAUAUCUUUCAACGUGAGGCUUUAUUUUACAGGUCCGUAUAUUCUAGUUUAUUUCCAAAUGAUGUCCUAAGAAGUCUUCUGGAAAUAAGCACAUAAUAGGGCACUAAGGUGAGGUCAAAUAGGGAGUGAUCAUUUGGUUUACUUCCAGUUAUUUUUAAAUGCUAAGCUAGCAUAGUCUUAAUGUUAUUACUCAGAGGAUAGCAGGUGAGCUGAACAUGCAAAAUGUGAAAUAUGUCUACAGACAAACAUGCAGGUCAGCAUAAAUGAAGAAUGAAGUUUCCAAUAGUAAAUAAGUGAGUAAUGAAUAUUCACUGGGAUUUAAAUGGAGCAAUUUUGUUCAUUGAAAUUAAUCUAGAGGCCAAUAAUGAACUACUUGACUAACUAACAUAACAGUCUAACAUCUUUGCCUCUACCUUUCCUGUGAUUAGUACCAAACUCCAACUAGCUUUCAAGAAAUUAUUAGAAAAUAAAAGACCUGUAAAAUCAAGUGCAACUCAUUUGUUUUCAUCGCUUUCUAUUAUUUUAAAUACUUCUCUUUUUUUCGCCAGAUUUCCAUUUUUAUAUUCAUGUCAUUUAAGACAUUUAAGUCAUUUAAGUCUUCCCUUGUUAAACCCUGUGCAUUUUGCCAAUAUACUCUACUACCUCAUCUUGCAGGGUGACAGCGCCAUGAAGAUUUAGCAAGUCAAGCAAAUUGAUAACAAAAAGGUAAUUUUCAUGUAUUCAACAGGCUGAAAAAAAGUAUCAUUAAAACAAGCCUACGCAACAUUUGCUGAGCAGCAGUAAUGGGCAUGUUAUAGUAGAAAAAGCUCAGGUGUAAAUAAUAAAAUUAAUGUUGGCUUGAUUCCAUUUAUUUAUGUUAUUGUUCAUGCUGGCUCACUGCCACACUUUCAUGGCUUACUCUAAUAGAACACUAAUAGCAGGUAAUGUUAUUAGUUAAACCUAUGCUUUUCCUACUAUGAUAUGUUAAAAAUGUUUGCUGUGAACAAUUAUGAGAACAAUCAUGACACAAUUGCAGAAUAACAGAACCACAAUUAGUAGGGUUAUUAAGCCAGAAAAGUGACUCAGUAAUGUCCUUUAUACAGCAAUAUUUAACUAAAGUUUGCUAAUAUUGGCUGACAUUAGUCUCCAAAAGCUACUGGUCAACCCACAGCAAGUAAGGCUGUAGCACCGAGAUCCCUGAAUGUAUUGAAUUGAACUGAUAAUAGUUUGACAUUUUGGGAAACACACCAAAGAGAUUUCAGUGACAGUAGCCACAGCCAGCAGCUAACUUAGCUUAGCAUAAACACAGGAAACAGGGAAAAGCAGCUCUUAAUUGUUUAACAAAACCCAAUUGGCAACAUCUCUAAAACUCACUGAAAAAAACUGUUCUACUGGUGAUUUCUGUUUGUUCUCACACUCAAAUUUGUUUUCCCAUUUCCAGUCUCUCUGCAAAGCUAAGCUAGCUGCUACUAGCUGUAGCCUUAUAUUUAGACAUGAGAGUCGAAUCAAUCUCCUCAUCUAAUUCUCUAUUAGAAGUUCAUUUCCCAAAAUACUGAACUGACUAAAGCUAAAACAGAUGUUUUUUUACCAUGCCAGAGACUGAUUCAAUUUAAUGUACUCAAACCAGAUUAUGAACAAAUAUUUAAAAGCUCUUAUCCAUACCAACCAGGUGCUACAUACUCUAUAGUUUGCCUUCAAAUUCCCUGUCAAUGACAAUCACUGUAUACUGUAUAAUAAUCUCAGAAGAAAUUAAGCAUUAUAAAGAAAUGUUUCCUGGCAAGAGUACAAAACAGACUUCAUGGGAAUGUCUUACAUCUUUACAUGUACCUAGAUGCUGUUCAUCACAUUUAAGGGAAUUUACCUCCGGGCGUGUUAACAUGUCAAGAUAAAAAUUAAUGAGAACAAAUAUGAUGAAUGUGUUUUUCCAUCAUCUAGGGCUUUAACUUGCAUGUAGCACUGUACAGUAGGUGUCUUAAAUGUGGUCCAUUGAUGAACAGAUAAUCUGCACGUCUGACUGCAGUUUGUGUUAUCAUCUGUCUGUAUGUUUGGUCGUAUUUUGUGAGCAUGUUUGUUUGUGUGUGUGUGUGUUUUCAAUGUUACCUGAUAUCUGUGCCAAAUUCAGAAACUCGAUAAAGGAAAAUUUGAACUCCUGCCCUCAUUCAAAAACACUAUUCAGUUCAGUCAAUAAACCAUCUUAACAUAUUCUUUUGGAGUUAAUCUACUUGCUUUCAUUAACUUUGAGCUCUAUGUUAUUCUUAGCAGGAAAUGGGAGUUGUAUAGCGUGUAGCUGUGUAGUGUUAUUAUCAAGCACAAUCAUACCAUGAGCUGUAAUUUAAUGUAUAUAUUGCAAUGACUAUGGAAAAUAAGCUUAAUGUAUUAGCAUAGUCUGAUCUGUCUAAUGUUGUACUUGUAUUUAUUUAAUAUAGACUAGCUGUGUGUCUCAAUUCAGUUUUUCUGUACAUAUGAUUCUAGAUGGUUUAUUUCUCAAAAGUGUAUUUAUCAAACACAGUAUUCAAGUAUGAGGCUACUUAUUUUUUGUUUGUAUUGAUACAGUCACGACUAAUUAUAUCGUAUCCAUCAGUAAAUUAACAGCAGGAUUGUUGUUUGCCAGCCUCCACUGCAUGAGGUCAUGCAUCUCAAAACAAGUCCUCUGCCAUGCUUUCAAGUUUUGUUAUAUUUAUGCCUCCAUUUUCAAUUUUCCAUUUUUGUUUCAGAUAUGAAAGGAUCGCUGUUUUAGUCUGGUGAUGUGUAGAUAAAUAAUGAACUUGAAGCAGUUGUAAUAUGAAAGAUUAAAUGCUAACUUUACGCAGCUUUUAUUCACUUGAA